AUGGACGACAACUUACAUGCACACCCUGAAAUGAAAGACAACGACGUCGAACUUUUUCCAAACAUGAAUUGGGAGAUAUCUAAUCCGUUACCACCAAGUCUUGAGAUGAAAGUCGAGGACGAUGAAUAUUCGGGCGAGCAUCAAGAAAUGACGAUUCCACCACUACUUAGCCUGGAGCCCAAGAUUGAGGACGAUGGUAUUUCGCCAAAAGAACAUCAAGAGAUACCUGCCGUACCGCCAACGCCAGUCAUGCCAUCGCCGAAGUCUAGGGUUGUAGUACGACCAACCCCCAUCAGCGGCCGCAACAUCCCCUUCCCCUAUCAUAUCCUUGAACUUCUGGAGAAGUGGCACGAGGAGAAUGGCAAUAAAAGACCACCGCCAUGCUCACAACGCGAUAAAUCGGGCUCCAAGCGUUUCAAGGUCUUCAAGGCCUUUGACAGGGAGAGUCAGGAAUUGGAUCUUAUAACAUAUUCUAUUCUACAACCCAUAGCAUACAUUGUUCGGGUAUUAUAUCAAAAUGGAAAUGUAAAGAUAGUCGGCUCAUAUAAUCACACAGCAAACGCUGGCACCUUCCUUGCAGUGUGGGAUGGUACAGAAUAUGUACCGGGAGGUUGUGCAGUUAAGAUCUUUGGAGAUGAUCUUGAGAAAAUAGAAUGCUCUGAUGAGAUCUGGAAACAUGCCCCCACUGAUCUAGAACCAGUUGGAUCCAAGACAUCACGACAGUCAAUAUCAUCACAGACGCCAUCAGAAUCGCAACCUGAAAUUCGCAAAAGAGGAUUCCGACAGAGCACACGUUUGAGAGAAAUAGCCACCCCUGAAUCCUCAUCUACAACAGGCUCAGCAUUUUAUGUCGAUUGGCCAGAAAGAGACUAUGAAGAUUAUGAGCACUCCGAAGGAGAAGACAUUCCGUUUCUACCAAGCCUCCCCAAAAAGCGCAAGACGGGGAAAGAUGACGAUGUUUUCUUCAAAUUCGUCAAGCCCAAAUCAGGAAAACAAACAAUUGUGGAAGUGUUCACUCUAGAAGAAUGUGGGACUAUCAAGGGACUUUUCUCCAAAGCACAAAAGUUUUUUCAGCCCGGUAAUAAAAAUGUCGAGGUAUCUGAUGUUUAUUGCCAGAUACCUUCCCAAAGCGAAGUGCACAAGAUUUCAAAAACCAACAAAGCCUCAUUGGAUUUUUUCCUUGAUGAUGUGAAACAGUUUAAAUGCACCCAAGCUCCUGGGAAGCUAACAGUUGACGUCGUCGACCAUAUUGACUGA